AAAAUAUUGCGCAAUGCAUUUUUCAAGUUUUAAGUUUUAAACUAAAAUUUUAAACAUUAAGCGAAAGAAAGAUCGUAAGAAUCAAAAUGAUAUGUUAUAGCGUAAUAUUUGAAAGACGAAACUUGAAAUGGCGAAACUUUCACUGUUUUUAGUAAUUUUACCAAUUCUGUUGUAGAACAGCGCGAAUUUCAUUCCAACAACAUGAAAUGAUGAAGAAAAUCUGUAAGAUUCGCACUUUCAAUUUGCUUUAAACAAGUAUUCGGGAGCGACAAUGAGAACGUUUUCGAAAUUGCAUGUAUGAGAGAAUGCGUGCGAGAUAUGUGCGAAUAAGAAAUCGAACAGAAUUCGAUCAAUUUCCGUAACGUUAACGUAGUCAACAUGUACGCGUGAUUCCCGAUGUUGCAGAGAAGAGUGUAGGAAAAGAAUAGCUGAAUGCACGAUGAAUGGCGGUGGAAGCACACCCGUGUGCGGAAGUGACGGAUUCACGUACUCCAAUCAAUGCCAAGUCAUUUCUAAGCAAUGUCAAGGCGUGUCUGUCCUCAUCAAACACACCGGCCCUUGUCCAGAAACCCCGGCGUGCUUCUCAGCAAGACUGACCGCUCGACAGGGCGUACGGCCUGCCUGCCGACCCGAUGGAACAUAUGCGCCGGUUCAGUGUCACGCGGAGACCGAGUAUUGUUGGUGCGUAACGCCGCAAGGCCGGCCGUUGCCCGAUACAACGGUAAGAUACAAAAAACCAAGAUGUUUGAGAGCCGGUUCCAGACCUGCUGCUGCUUCUACUAGGAGUGGCCAAAAGCGACGCUCACCUGCAGUCGGUAGGAAGCAACGUAGUCAGUACGUUAGCAAUAGACAUCGAAAUACGUGCGAUCGUACCGAAAAGUCCAAGUUUAAUGGAAAUCUCAUCGAGAACUUCAAAAUUGAAUACAGGCGGACUAACAUAUCCGCUGAGGAUGAUAAGAAUGUCGAACGGGUGUUGUCGUGGAAAUUUCUUAUGCUGGACCAGAACGCGGACGGCUACUUAGAUAAGGCUGAGUACAAGGAGCUCAGAAGACUCGCCAAGAAGGCGGUGAGACCGAAGAAGUGCGCACGCACGUUCGCCCGCACGUGCGACCUAAAUCGGGAUUUAAAACUAUCCAAGCAGGAAUGGGGUGCUUGUCUCGCCAAUGAUUUCACUCUUUUGAAAGGUAGUCCAGCCAUUGGUGGUUCCAUUCAAUCUCUACCGUUUAACGACGAUCAUCCGGACACUAAGGAGGAGAGUGAUGCAAAUGAUUGCAUAUCGGAUAGAAGGUCAGUAUUGGAGGAUCAGAAGCGAGAAGAGAAAUUUUACGUUCCACAAUGCAUGUCUGAUGGAAGAUAUCAUCGAGUGCAAUGUUAUUCAGGAUAUUGUUGGUGUGUAUAUCAGGAUACAGGUAAGCCAAUACCAGGGACAUCCUCGAAGGAUCGCACACCGAAUUGUAAUCCAGUUCCGACUCCAAGUAGACCUAUGAAAGGAUGUCCAGAGCUAAAAAAACAACUAUUUCUUCGAGAUUUGAUGGAUCUCAUGCAAGAGAAAAUGGAAGCCUCCAAUAUCGAUUCCAAUGAAACUACUGUUAAAUGGCAGGCUUCCAAGGAAGAAAGAGUAGCCACGUGGCACUUUGUGAUGCUUGAUAAAAAUAAAAACAAGGUUUUAGAAAAAAAAGAAUGGAAAAGUUUCCGCACAAUGGUAGCGAGUAGUAGACAACUCCGGAGAUGUGGCAAAAAAUUACCGAGAUAUUGUGACAUCAAUAAUGAUAGAAGGAUCAGUAUGACAGAAUGGCUCAGUUGUCUCAAUGCUCAGCGUCCAACAACAGUUGACGAUCCGGAGAAAACAUUAACUACACCGAAAAGAAUAGGUCCAAAUCCACUAGAUCAGUUUCUUAAUGAUGACGACUAAUACAUUAUGUGAUAAUUUAUGUUCGUAAUCCCAUAAAGAGAGACACCCAUCUUUUUUUAUAUUAAGCCUCAAAACAGCUAAUGGAAUCCUUGGAAUCACCGUAAGCCAUCUUAUCAACGUAAUAAUAUUUUGAUAUUUUAUUAACUUUUGAGAGUUUAAAUUUGAGUGCGAAUCGCAUAUUUUUAUAUUUAACUUAUAAAACUCAGAAUUUUUAGAAUUUUCAAGAGUAAAACUUUUUAACUGAGUAAUCAUUUAUACUUUGUCUAUUUCUGAAAAUUUAACACUGGCAUUUCGCAAGAUACGAGCAAUUUUCUCAUAUUAGUAAUUGUCAAUAUUAUUGUAUAAUCAUCAGUAUGUGUGUCAACUACUCUUGUCACCUAGUCCAUAAAUCAUUUUUUAAAUAAUUAAGCUAUCUUAUAUUGGAAACAAAUUCAGUUUAGAAAAAAAUCCAAUAAAAUAAUUUUAUAGCAUUUUUCUCAACCUUGAA